GCAGUCAUAAGCUACAAGCCUACAACACAUAGCCCUAAUGGGUUUAGUGUUAAUGGGCAUGAUCUUAUGCACUAUAACGAAUGGGUCUUCUGGUAUAUCUUCUCAAUCUGACAUGUCCAUCGCUUUCUCCCUCACAGGCAACCUUUUCAGAGAGCAACUAUAAUCACGUCAAACCUCACAUAACGCUGAGUUGAAGAACAAGACCGGCGUAGAGGCUAAUCUCAAGUAUCAAUGAGUACAGGUGGUGCAUUUGGAGGAAACAGAGGAUUGAGACCUUUCCCACCAGAAAAGGGCAUCUUCCCUUUGGAUCACUUACACGAAUGUGAUACGGAGAAGAAAGAGUAUCUUGGCUGUCUCAAAUCUUCAGCCAACAAAUCUGAGCAGUGUAGGCAUCUCUCAAAGAAAUAUCUCCAGUGUCGAAUGGCCAAGAACUUGAUGGCGAAGCAGGAUAUGUCUGAACUUGGAUUCAGUGCGGUUAAAGAACUGGAUUCCACUGGAGAUAAAAAUAAUGAGUAGUGUCCAACAUUGAAGGUGGACAAAACUUUUUCUUUGUGUGCAAAGAAGCAAGAGGAGUGUACGUACAUCGUUCUGUGUCUGUAGACUUUUUAGGCUUAAGAAUGCUCGUUUUUGGACCUGAUAAACAUGACCUCUACAAAUCUGUAAACGUUUUAACAUAAUUAUCUUACAGAAAUACAUAUCUAUUUUUCUC